ACCGAUCUGCAGCAAGUUACAGAUUCUCCCCAACUGGUCACGUUUCGUUUGUUGAUGGAGAGAAGCACCAUUCUACAGCACACGUCUACAAGCAUAGACAGUACAUACAAGAUAGUACAUGUACAUUCAGCACCAAACUUGUCGUUCAGGCCCAUUUUGAUCUCGUCUCAGCCAUGUGGACCUCCGUUUCACGGCAAUACGCCCUGAAAAGCCGCAUUUUGGGCACUGCCAUCCUCAAAGACACUCACAACAAAGUCAAUGUCUUCAAUCAGGCCGCUUUGUCAUCCACUACCUCAGUUUUGGGCACUAAAUUGGAAGGAGCCCAGUUGACCCUCAAAGUCCGAGAAGAUAUUAAGGCUCAAACGGCUAGAGCCAAAUUGGGUGGAGGACAAAAGCGGAUUGAUGCCCAACAUAACAAGGGCAAGUUGACGGCUCGCGAGCGAGUGGAAGUGUUGUGCGAUCCUGGCACUUUUGUGGAGUAUGACAUGUAUAUGGAGCAUACUUGUCGGGACUUCAAUAUGGAAAAUGAGAAGUAUCCCGGAGAUUCCGUGGUUACGGGCUAUGGCAAGAUCAAUGGCAAGACCACCUAUAUCUUCAGCCAAGAUUUUACCGUCUUCGGAGGAUCGCUCUCCAUGGCACAUGCCAAGAAAAUUUGCAAGAUCAUGGAUCAAGCCAUGAUGGUGGGAGCCCCGGUGAUUGGUUUGAACGAUUCUGGAGGAGCUCGAAUUCAAGAGGGUGUCGAAUCUUUGGCGGGUUAUGCCGACAUCUUCCAACGCAAUGUUAUGGCCUCUGGCGUAGUGCCACAAAUCUCCAUGAUUAUGGGACCCUGUGCUGGUGGGGCUGUGUACUCUCCGGCCUUGACUGAUUGGACCUUCAUGGUCAAAGACACUUCCUACCUCUUUAUCACCGGUCCAGAUGUCGUCAAAACCGUGACUGGCGAGAGUGUGACCCAGGAGGAAUUAGGCGGGGCCAAAACUCAUACCACUGUUUCCGGGGUGGCACAUCGAUCAUUCGAAAACGACAUUGACGCCUUACUGCAACUUCGAACCUUUAUGGGAUAUCUGCCAAGUUCAAACAAGGAGCCCGCUCCAAUUCGUCCUUGCAAUGAUCCUUGGGAUGUGGACGUGCCCGGAUUGGACAGUGUGGUUCCCCUCGAGAACACCACAGCCUACGACAUCCUGGAUGUCAUCCACGGGGUCGUGGACGAAAGAGAGUUCUUCGAAACCAUGCCAAUGUAUGCCAAGAACAUCGUGACCGGUUUUGGGCGCAUGAAUGGCCGUACUGUGGGCAUCGUCGGAAACAAUCCGAAAAACGCUGCGGGUUGUUUGGAUAUCAAUGCAUCAGUCAAAGGAGCCCGCUUUGUGCGCUUCUGCGACUCAUUCAACAUUCCCAUUAUCACAUUUGUGGAUGUGCCCGGCUUUCUACCCGGAACAGGACAAGAGUACGGAGGCAUCAUUCGCCAUGGAGCCAAACUACUGUACGCUUAUGCAGAGGCUACUGUUCCUAAAAUCACCGUGAUCACCAGAAAGGCUUAUGGAGGAGCUUACGAUGUGAUGUCCUCGAAACAUCUUCGUGGAGAUAUCAAUUAUGCCUGGCCUACCGCAGAGGUCGCUGUUAUGGGCAGCAAAGGAGCCGUGUCGAUCAUUUUCAGAGGGAAGAGGUCUGAGGCUCAAGAGCAAGAAUAUGUCGAGAAGUUUAGCAAUCCGUUCCCAGCUGCAGUCCGGGCUAUGUGACGACAUCAUCGAACCAGGACCACUCGUCGUCGACUUUGCAAGGAUUUGGAGCUCCUUGCCACUAAAGACCAAAAGAACCCUUGGAAGAAACAUGCCAACAUGCCUUUGUAGAACAUAACUGAAAUGUCUGGAUAUAGCGAUUAAAAUAACUCCUUGAGCAUU